AUGCCACUGACCGAAAAAGACGUCCAGGUUUGCGCCGGGGUCAUCCUCGUCGACAAUGGCGACUCAGCGCUCGAAAACUGCAAAGCUGGUGUAAACCCAUUCCCCGUCGAAGUAUGGCUCGAGGUAUUGAAGCAACGCCCACCGCUAGGGCCGGCGAUGGCGGCUGCUUUACCUUUCACCAUUGCGGAACUCCAAGCUGCCAUGAGGACGACCGGACCCCUUUACGCCGCUCAAGUCCAGGCAUUGGCUCAGGCAAAAAGCCAAGCGGGCUUUCGGCCCACUGGACACGUGGAUUCCACAGAUCACUACGCUAGUCCGACCUCAACCCGUCCCCCAAGAGCUAUGGGAGGCAUAGAAACGCCGUUGAGUGGGCUUUUGCCCAUGCUUUUGACUCCUCGCAUCUCCGAGCUUCAGCAAUACGCGACAAACCACGGACCACGACCCAGUCACGCAGGUCUGGCGUUGCCACCAACGCCUGCCAGUACUCCGGGACGAGAAGGGGCGACCGAAAGCCAAAAAGCGGAAGGCAAGGGAUGGGGACACAACGAGAUAUACGGCGCUACCAGUGCAGUGUUUCGCCAUCUUCCAGAUUCCCCUUGGGCAUUGGAAUUCUCACAACGCAGGCAUCAGAAUAUCAGUCCGCUCGGCUGGCAGCCAAACGAUGUUAAGUGGGACAUUUUCUGGGAAUAUGCGAAGAAGAUAGACAAAGGGAUUUGGGUUCAACCCCAUUGCUCCGUGUGGGGCGAUCGAGAGGCGUUCCAGUACGCCUUCAUCCAUAUGGAGAUCCGGGAUGCCAUUCUUCACGAUAAGAAAUCCCUUCGGACAAAGAAGAUUCCGGAAGCCUUUGAGAUUAUGCACUACAACAACAUUCAGUCUGAUCCUGUCAAGAGCGCUGCCAUGGGGCCUCCCAUUGAGUCGGACUCGGAUGGUGAGACGGCUGACUUCACUAACAUGAUGCAAGGCAUUAUCCCCGCCGUGGGCCGCAGCAGGGCUGGGGCCAUAUAUGAAAAGGGAAAGGGGGGAUUGCCAGAGGACGAAACGGAGACGUCUGAAGCCCUGCGUCUGGCAUUCCCAAACAUACCUCUUUAUGUGCCUGCUCGUUCACCUUCACCUCCGGAUGAUGCUUUCCCAAAACUAGCUCAUCUCGUGCCUGCUUGUUUGUCUUCACCUCCUGAUGAUGCAUUUUUAAUCCCAUCGCCUCCAACCUUGGAGGAAGUCAGACGAAAGAUAGCGGAGGAGAACGCAAGGCCCUUCGAGAGACUACCGGUCGACCAGUGUUUAAGCAUGUUUCUUAAGGAGCAAACCGGCUACUACGACAAGACAGACAAAGAUUUGCGUUUUUACAAGAAGGGAAGAGAGGGCGCUCUCCAGUUUCUUCAGGACCUGAUGGAUGUCGGGAACGGCGCAAGAUGUGUAGAUGACGGCGGUGCACACGCAGUUGCAAUGGCUUACCAGAAUUGGUUAUGCUUUCCAGGCAUGGGGUUCGCCCGGGGGCACUUUCCUAACGAGGUGUCACUCGCUGUCAUCGACCUAGCGCAACAGCGCAUUUCAGAGGCAUAUGCUCGGUGUCCCAACACGGUGGAACAAAGGAGUGUGCCAGCGACGUCCAGCGGCACCGUCCAGGAUACACAGUCCGUCUUCGGUGGAUUUGCUGGCAGUGCCGGCAUGCGCCACACGUAUGGGACAAGAUUGCAGACCAAGCGACGGGUCACACAGCCAUCCCUCCCUGCCGACGCCUCGAAGUACGUUAAGACGCCUGAAUCUUAUGAUCUGAUCUUACCGACGCCGAAACCAAAUGAACUGCUGGCCCGUGAACCCAGUAGCGGCGCGCCCGCAGUGCCCUCCACCCGAGACAAGACCCGUUUCCCUUUCUACCAUACGCGUGAUGCAGAAGACCUGUUUUCUGGGAGCAUCGCAGAGUCAACCGCCAAGGACCUCAGCGACGAAGGUCGUUGCAUGCAAUGUCUGCCUGGACAGGACCCUUGGUCUUAUCAGGAUUUGUAUAAUCAUUUCUGUGACCGUCUCAAUGGGUUGAACAAAGACAGGGAUGUGGACAUGACGGUUAACAUAACUCAUAGUGAAUUGGUAACGCUCCCGAAUGGUCGAAUAAAGAAUUCAGUGGCGGAUGCCGUCUGGGCCUGGUGCGCGGGCGUAAAGAACGCCACGUUUAAGUCAUCGUUCAAUUUCGUGGGCGAGGACGGCGUGGAUGCGGGGUUUCACAUCGGGGGCGGUCUCACCAAGGAAGCUUUCCAGAUUGCCAUCAAGACUUUCACUGUAGAAAGCGACCCUCACUGGGAAGGUGCACAGUGCUUCCUUCCGGUGUCCGGCAUCCCGGCAGCAAACCUGGACUUCAGGGGGUUCGGGCGAUUGUUGGCUCACUCUGCAUUGCACGGCAAUGUGUUUCCAGAGACCCUCUCACCCAUCCUGAUCAAUGUUCUCUGUCAUCCGGAAAAUGAAAUGUCCUGCCGGUUUAUAUCACCGAAGAUGAUAUCACGUUUCAACCGAUCCCUUGGAUGGGUUGUGAAGGUUCUUACGGACUACCGGAUGGACGACAUGGCGAUCGACUCAGGCCCCGCGUUGACUCCUGCACAAAAGACAGCAAAAGUCGAGGAAGAAGUCACCACGUUGUGCCAGCAUUUUGGUUACCCCAUUGAAGCGGAAUCGGACAAGCCCGUCGCUUUUGCUCAAGAUCUAACCAAACAUGUCUUGUACACCUGUUGUCGCCCAGCCACCCAUCAGAACAAGGAAGGGAUCGCUUCGGUCGGCGACUUCGUCUCUGGCACGCCAUGCGCGGUAUUGUUUCAUCUAUUCAAUUGGCGUCUGGAUGUCGACCAGCUGUUCCAGAAGAUUGUGUAUUUGCCUCCCAUUGUUGAUCGCCGUAAAGAGGAAAAGACAGAACUAGUGAAGGGAUGGUUUCGCAUGGCGCUCACUGCACCUAGAAGGGGCAUGUCUCUGCGGGACCUGCUGUUCUUCUGGACGUCAAGCCGUGCACUGCCGCUGAAGGACAGGAUAGUUGUGGAUAUCGCUCAGCAUGAAGGGGAUCAUUUGCCUUCGUCUCGUACUUGCAGUGACACGUUGGAGCUGCAUCUAGGUUUCGGAGAUGCGGACCACCUAGCGGAUCGCUUGUGGUAUGCAGUGUGGCUAUGCAGAGAUGGAGGGUUCCAGAUUCCAUAG